CAGCCAAUGGCUGGCCGCCGUGAAGGUGCCGCGCCCGGCCGGGCCGCACCUGUUACAUAAGGCGGCCGGGCCGCCCAGCCCGGCCCAACCCCGCCGACCCUUCAGCCGGCGCUGCCCGGCCCGGCCCGGCUCCCCAGCCCGGGGAUGAGGCCGCCGGCCGGGAGGGAAGGCGGCCGGCGGCGGCGGCGGUGGGCCGCCGCGGGGCCUAUGGCGGAGAGUAACGCGGACUGGAUGGGCUCGCUGCCGGCGGCGCUGCACUCCUACCCACUCUCCAACCUGGCCAUCCCGGGGUCACAUGAUUCUUUCAGCUACUGGGUUGAUGAGAAAUCUCCUGUGGGACCAGACCAAGCCACAGCCAUCAAACGUUUGGCCAGAAUUUCUUUGGUUAAGAAGAUCAUGAAGAAAUGGUCAGUGACUCAAAAUCUGACUUUCAAAGAGCAGUUGGAAGGUGGAAUCCGCUACUUUGAUCUUCGUGUAUCUUCCAAACCUGGGGAAAUAGGACAAGAGAUUUACUUCAUACAUGGCUUGUUUGGCAUUAAAGUAUGGGAUGGACUGAAGGAGAUUAACACCUUUCUUGAGCAGCACCCCAAGGAAGUAGUGUUCUUGGAUUUCAAUCACUUCUACGCCAUGGAUGACAGCCAUCACUUCUUCUUGAUCAACAGAAUCCGCUCAGCAUUUGAAUCCAAACUUUGUUCUGUUGAAUGUGUAGAAGAUGUGACGUUACAGUACAUGUGGGAAAAGAAACACCAGGUUCUCAUAUUCUACCAUUACCCUUUGUUCCGGGAAUAUGCCUUCCUGUGGCCAGGGAAUAAAAUGCCAGCACCAUGGGCUAAUACAACCAAUGUGCACAAACUGAUACAGUUCCUGGAGACCACUCUGGAGGAACGAAGUCGUUAUGGGACUUUCCAUGUUUCUCAAGCAAUUCUCACACCUCGAGUGAAAACCAUUGCACGGCAUCUAAUUCGUGGUCUGAAGAAUACACUUGUUCAUAGGAACCUACCCAUGAUUUUGAAUUGGGUGAAAGCACAGAAGCCAGGUGUUAUGGGUGUUAACAUAAUUACAUCAGACUUUGUGGAGCUGGUUGACUUUGCUGCUACAGUUAUUGCAUUAAACGACCUCCUUUUAGAAGAGGAUGAAUCUUCAUCUAAAUCCUGAUUGCUGUGUUCCACUUGUGCUCCUUAGUGGUCAUCUUCAAACUCCGCUAAAUGUUUUAUUUAUUACGUGAAACCUAAUGUAAUCUGUUUAUUUAAAAAAAAAAUUCCCAGUGAUGCAUGGAUCCUAGUGGAAACAAGUGCCGUCGGAGCGCUGCUACCUGUUUGACUAAAUGAAACACCCAUCUGCUGCAGCCCGGUGGUGCCCACUGCCGGUGAGAGGCUGGCCUCUGGUGCAGAGGUACCUGCUGAUGAUGUGUAUCUCCCCAGUGACCAGGCUCACCCUGCCUCCCCGUGUCCCUCCUGCUUAUUGCUCCACACCAGGGCUCAAACCGAGGGUGGCUGCUGAUCCCUGAGCAGCAGUGCAAUCAAGCUGGUUUUCUGCUCAGGCCACCUCAAGCAUAGCUGGGCUCAGCUGGAGGCUGCUGCUGUAUUCGUUACCCUGUUUUAGACACUACCUCUGACUUAAUUGAAGGAAUAAUAUUGCUGUUGUUCAGAAGGAAGCUGUGUUACACUGUGUUGAAUAUCUGAACUCUCCUAUGGGCCUGAGAGGUGAAGACUUGGCAUCCUCUGCAUCUUUGGACUCCAAACUCCUCUUCUGGACCUCUUUAUUUUACUUUAAUACUUUAACACAUGUAUUGCAACUAUGUUUAAGUGUGUUUCUUUUGGCAUUAAUUUGGAUUAUAUUUCAGUCUUCAAAUUAUGAGGUUUAUAACUCAGAAGUCUGAAUUCCUGUUGAGGCUUUUGAGAAACCACAGCAUAACCUUUCUCUUUCACUUGCUUGUCACUUUUUUUUUCUAUCCAUCAGGUGUUCUUUGGGUAAAGUCACCCAGAUGUCCUUUCUCUGGAAAGAGGUGGGCUGAGUGGGAGUAUGCUUGCUAUUCAAAGAACUGGAACUGACAGGGACUGCUUAAAACCCAAAUAUUCAAUUUCUUUGACUUGCAAUGUGACAGUGAAUUCUGAAAUAGGACCUAAAAGUUGUGCUUGUAGUCAGAGAGCCACAGCCAUAGGGAAGAAAUUUCCCCAGCCUGCACCCACUUGUGACAAAGUGAUAGUCAGGCAAGCACAGGCAGGCAUUGGUGCUGCGUCUUUCUGUGGUCAUACUCAUUUUUGUGUUGAUUCACAACAAAAUGUGACCAUGUGUGCUUGAGCCAAUGCAGUCACAUGUUGGUACUUACAAAUACUUAACUGACUAUCUGAUAGUAGUCCUACAGCCUGAUUUAUCUUUGUUUAAAACAAACUGAUUAGCAGAUGCUUCUCUGCUCAGUCAUCUUCCUAAAGCAACUGUUGGUACACUAAUUAUUCAGUGAUUAUGAAUUUGUCUUAAUCUCUAAGCUGUUUGUAGUAGAACGGAUUGUCUUUAUAGAUGCAUUAUUCAAAAGAAAAGUGAAUCUCCAGCUUUAUUUAUUUUGUUAUCAUCCUUCAUCUGCCAUCAUAGGCUGACAGCCCAGAAAAAUCCAAAACCUCUUUGCUUGCAUGUCACAAACUCUGAACUUAGGGCAAGUUUAUCUAAGGGUUUGCAAACCUUCCAUGUGAACCUUGGCCGAGUUCUGAGCAGACUGUAAUCUCAUUUAUCUGUUUGUUGCAUGGUUUUCAUUAGAGUUCCUUGCAUUUUUUUAACUGAAUCCUUUUUCUAAGGGAGUUGGGGGUGGGAGGGAUGUCUCUCUCAAGCUUUCUCAUUUUCUCUUGUGUUUUGGUGACAUGAAAAUCAUUUUUUUGAGGAAUUAAAAUUGAAAGUCCAAAUUUUUAAUUUAAAACUUCUUUUGAAAACCCCUGCAGAAUGUGUUUUUUCUUGUUAAUGAAACUGUUGGAACCUGUUUUGAAGAGCACUAUUUUGUUUGCAAAAUUAUUUAAAAUAGCUGGAUUUUCCUUAGCUGAAUUGUGUUAACCUACUUUUCCCAUGGCCACAACUGAAACUCCAUGGUAGUCUUAAAUGCAUGGGCUAGGUUUUAGUGGUCUCUUCUAGCUGCAAAUUGUUUUAAAGCUCAGAACUUGGAGAAACUUGGUUUGAAUGCUGAUGAGGCAGAAAUGAUGUUUCCAAGGUUUCCUGCAGAACUGAAGGACAAGGUGAGAAGGUGAAGUGAGUAUGAUGUUUGCAUUUGACCCUUGAUGUAUUUUGUACUAUAUAUAUAUAUAUAUAUCUACCUCAAAAGAGAUUUUUCAGGCUUAACCGAUAUUUAUAUUGUGUGUGCACAGUAAUGAUUGUGGUGUUAAUCCUUCUGUUAUACUUAUUUGAGUAGAAAUGUGAUGGUUGUAACUCAGGGCUUUGGUUAAACAUUUUUAAAUACAAACUUAGUUUUUCUAAUAUGUUUGCUGUUAGCUCUUGCCUGUUGAAAUAGGAACGAAGGCAUGCUAGGUGUUAAGACCGUUAGCACAGGGAGGAGAAAUGGAAAAUGGCUUUAGGAUUAAUGAAGAAGUAGGGGAACAAAAACAUUUCUGUAAGUUUGGCCUGAAGAGACUUGUGUCAUUUCAGAGCAGUGCUUGGUGUUACACCUCUAUGUGAGGAACCUGACAGUCUCAAUAGUGAGGCAGUUGGCAGAUACAAUUGCCUGCAACAGGAUACCUCCUGUGGAUACUCUAGACAACCUUAAUGCUGGUCUUUAGAAUUGAUUUUAGGGUAGUCCUAAAGAGUCCUAAGAAAUAUGAACUACCUUUUUUCUGUUACGCAUUAUAGCCCGUAACAAAGCUGCUGUUAUAAUCAUUUUAGCUCUUGACACAGCACCACAGCCUAUCCAGAUUCCCUGCUCACACUUUGCAAAACAGAGCUGGUCUAGACUUAGACUUUGGGCUGCGGACUCUGUUUUGUGGCAUUAUAAAAAUAAAAAGGUGAGCUGGGCAGGAAGGGAGGAUCAAGGAAGUAGGACAGUAGUUUGCAUCCAGAGCCCACAUUGAAGGUGCGGCAGCGUUUAGCCUGGUUUCAGGCAGCAGAGUGGAGCAGGACUGGCAGGUGACAGUGUCUGCAGCUGGUACUGAGAAAUGCAGCUGAGAGUCUUGAGGAAAAUAAAGAUUGGUGUGAAUGCUGGGGCUUCCGUGCUGUUAACAUAGACCUGCAUCUGAGUACUGUCACUUGUCUUGUUUCUGUCUUCCCCAAGCAGUAGGGUUUACUUUUAAACAAUUUAGGUAGAAAAAUCCCUCAGAAGAGUUGUUCUGAGGACUUGACCAUCCUAUAGGUGCUGGGAGAAGAAAAACCAGGAAACUAGUUGCUGCUUGAGGCAAAAUACUUGAAUUUCAUAUUCUUGAAUAAUUACUUGUAUGGUUUGUUAUUACAGGUUUGGUUUACUUAUACGUUGUGUUUUGAGUGUUGUUUUUCUUCUUAAUGUGCAACCACUGAAAGCCAAGCACACUGUUGGUAAGCCUGUUCUCCUGGCACUGGUUGCUGCCAUGUGCGAUUCAAGGCUAUACUUGAGGCACAGGACACCUCUGUAUGUACCUCUACGUAUCCCUAAUGGGGAGCAGCAGGGAGAAGGUUGUUAGGAAGUAUAUGUGAGAUUUCUAGAAUCUCACUGUGUGCUUGUAGGUGAAAACCAGGAGGAGUUAUUACUAGAUUUUGCAGACUGUCAAUCCCUCAGCUCCUUAUUUGGGAACUACUGUCUGAAAUAUAUUUGACAACAUAGGAGCUGGGAGUCAUAAUAUUGUGGUAGAGGGUUUUUUUUUGAGACCAAAAGGCAGAUUCCUGCUGUUCAAUUUUAUCUCAUGAACUGAAAGGAUACCAACUUGCAUGUGCCUUGCUGUGAUGCAGAGGAUCUCACUGGAGACUGUGCUGGCAAGGCAGCUUUCAGGGGUGCUGUGGUCAGUGAGAGAUGCCAGGCUGGGAGACUUCAGAGCAGAAAUGCAGAUUGCAGAAAGGCCCCUGCUCUGCUGAACAGGCUCUUUGGAGAAGGAAGGAAUAACAGGAAAAAGGUAUCUUUGCUCCUGAGCCAUGCAGUUUUCUACUGUGUUGGUACUGAGUUAAUAUGUUGGAGUUUAGAAAUUGCCUGUGUUGUAAAGCUGAAGAAGCACUUCUGAGCAGGGUUUUUUGGCUCAAACAGAAGUAGGGUGUCUGCCAAGAUACUUCUCUAUUGUUUUCAUCUGGCUAGGUUUUGGGAAAGAAUAUAUUUGCAUACCUGUCUCAGGUGCUGAAGUUCAUUGUUGUAUCAUUGAACAGAACAGGGUUUAGGACUUCUGUAGAUAAACAGAGGACAUGGCCAUUUUGAUUUUCAAAUUGGGUUACCCAUGGACAUCUGACAGUGUAUGUGACUUGAGGUUUACCUGACCAUACAGUAUUUAACACAGGGUCCAUAUGCAGUUUCAGGUAAGACUUUCAUCUAGACUUGAGCAUAUUGUUACCCAUCCCUAAGAAGGACCGCUGCUUGAGACAAAACUGCUGGCAAAUUUUUAGUGGUUGUUCAAUUACAGAGAAACUUGUUUAAUCUGAAGAACAGAACUGACCCAAACCUUCAUUUAAAAAACAAAUCAGGUCAAGAUAUAGGCCUGUCAGCAGUGGAGAAGGGGGUUUUGUAGUUUUUUUUGUGGGGUUUUGUUUGUUUGUAGUUUUUUGUGGGGUUUUGUUUUGGUGUUUUGGGUGGUGUUUUUUUUGCUAUUCUGUAUCUUGUCUGGUUUUUGACUAAACAGAUGGGUAGAAGAGCCAGAGCUUAUGCUGAAGAACAAAUAAACUUUAUGCUAAGGACAUAUAUGUUGGGCUAGCUGUGGUAAGAGUACAGUGAUUUACUUAGUCACACACUCCAAUAAUAAUCUUAUUAGCUAUUUGUUUCAGAUUGUUAAAUCAGUCUCUAUUUUGUAUGGAAAAAAUCAAUCCCACUGAUUCAAUCUUGCUGAAGAAGUGUGUGUGCUUCUGUAAGCAUAUUUAUUUCUCUACAAGUCUUAUCAGGUAAACAAGCUUUAACUUUUAAUUGUAGGGACUGGGAUAGGAAUGUCAGCUUUAGAACUGUUUGCUGAUUAUAUUUUAUAUUCCUGAGUAUUUAUGCUGUGUGUUGUCUAUUGAAAUGGUACCUUUCUUACCCUUUGGACCUGUGAUAACUACUUAUGUAUCUCACUUAAAUCAAACUGCAAUGUAUUCUUAAUUCUGAAAAAAAGUGUUGAUCAGUACAUAUAUGAAAACAGUUUUGGUGGUUCUUUGAUUUUGCUCAAUGUUAAAUGUAUUUUACAGUUGGACUUUUUAAUAAAAUUUGUGCUGUUCAUACUGUGGAAAGGGGCAAAAGGAGCCAGGUGAAGAGGAGUUACCUAUUCUCAGUUUUUCUGCAGUUUCUCCUCUUUCUCUUGGCAGUUUGUGCUUUACCCAUCUGUCCAAUUCAGUUUUGUGAAACCAGGAUACCUCAUUUGAACUGCAGAUAAACUUGGGCUGACAUCUGUUUAUCUCUGCUUUAUUCUACAUCUAUAUCAUUGGGGGUCUUGAUCCUGAAAAUAAAAUUACAACUUGAGUUUGUCAUCCUUA